AUGGCAGAGCAGACGCCAUCAGAGCACACACUCGAUAUCCCUCCUGAAACUCCUCCACCCCUUCACUAUAAUCACAUCAUCACCAACCCCUUGGGUGCUACUGACCAAGAUUUGAACAGGGACAAGGUAGAAUUCGCUCCUUCAACCUUUUUGGAAGCCAGGGAGCUUCCAGCUCCUGUUCCCUCUCCUCCACUCGCUCCUCUUCCCAACACUUCCUACCCAGUGUCAGCUUCUAGUCGCAACGUCCUCUCUUCUCCUCUCCUCUCUCCUUCCCUCCACUCCCCUUCUCCAUCUACAACCUCCUCUCUCUGCUUCCACAACAUCUCCUACUCUGUCGCCAUCCGGCGCCAUCCCCUAGCCUUCCUCCCUGCCAUACCUUCUCUCCGCUCCUCCAUUCCUCGCAACAGCAGUGCUACGGAUGCUCCCACUGAUGUGCCUGUGCAUACCUCUCGACACAGUCAAGCUCCAUAUAAUCACAAUCAGCAGUCUGGCAAGCAGCAGCAGCAGCAGAGGCGCAGCAUACUGCAGGGGAUAUCAGGGUCUGCCAAGGCAGGGCAGGUGACAGCAAUCAUGGGCGCCAGUGGGUCUGGCAAAACCACUCUUCUCGACAUACUCUCCCACCGCAUCUCCCUCCCAUCCACACCACUUCAAAUUCCGUCUGCACCAGAACCCCUUCCUUCACCCUCCGCCUCUCCGCCUCCUGACAUCCCACCCUCCAUAACUCCCCUCCCAACUCCCACCACCGCCCUCUCCCCUUCAAUUUCUCGAAACGGUGCCCCAGUGACUGCCCUCUCCUCUUCCACCCCCGCACUCUCCUCCUCAAUAACUCUGAACGGUGCUCCUGUGACAGCCAGCACCAUGCGACGGGUGUCAGCCUAUGUGAUGCAGGACGAUCUGCUGUUCCCCGCGCUCACAGUGCGCGAGACGCUGUUGUUUGCGGCCGAGCUGAGGCUGGGGAAUGGCAGGGUCGGGCGGAGGGCCAAGGAGGAGAAGGUGGAGGGGCUGAUGCGCCUGCUGGGACUCACUCGAGUGGCUGACUCGCGGAUUGGAGAUGAGAACAGAAGUGCGCGGGACGGCAGGCAUGAUAGCAUGUGGGAGGAGAAGGUAGGUCGUACAGGGAUGUGUGGUGUGAUGCAGGACGAUCUGCUGUUCCCCGCGCUCACAGUGCGCGAGACGCUGCUGUUUGCAGCCGAGCUGAGGCUGGGGAAUGGCAGGGUCGGGCGGAGGGCCAAGGAGGAGAAGGUGGAGGGGCUGAUGCGCCUGCUGGGGCUCACUCGAGUGGCGGACUCGCGCAUUGGGAAUGAGAACAGAAGUGACCUUCUCUCCCCUUGCUCAUUCACCCACUACAGAGGCGUGUCAGGUGGCGAGCGCAAGUGGGUGGCGAUAGGAGUGAAGAUGGUGGGGGACCCAACGCUGCUCUUAGUACUCAACCCGGGCUACUCCCUCUCUUCCUCCCUGUUCAUGCAUUCAUUUUCUAAUCUCAGGGGCGUAUCAGGCGGCGAGCGCAAGAGAGUAGCGAUAGGGGUGGAGAUGGUGGGAGACCCCUCGCUGCUCUUCCUGGACGAGCCCACCUCGGGCCUCGACUCCACCUGUGCCUUUCGCGCGUGCUCCAACCAAACACCCCCUCCCUUCCCCUCCUCCCUCUCCUCUCCCUUCAGAGGUGUGUCAGACGGCGAGCGCAAGAGAGUAGCGAUAGGGGUGGAGAUGGUGGGAGACCCAACACUUCUCUUCCUGGAUGAGCCUACUUCGGGCCUCGACUCCACCAGUGUAUCGGGUGGCGAGCGCAAGAGGGUGGCGAUAGGGGUGGAGAUGGUGGGAGACCCAACACUUCUCUUCCUGGAUGAGCCCACCUCGGGCCUCGACUCCACCUGUGCCUUCCACGUGGUCAAGGCAGUCCGGGACGUGGCCAGAUUGCGAAGCAGCAUCGUGCUUAUGGUGCUGCACCAGCCCAGUUUCAGGGUCCUCAAUCUUCUCGACAACCUCCUCCUCCUUGGAUCCGGGCACACGGUUUUUUCGGGCUGCCCGUCCGAGCUGCCAGGCUAUCUCACGGAUUUUGGCUGCCCGGUGCCGCCCUUUUCCAACCCAGUGGAGUUCACACUUGAUCUUAUCCAGUCGUUGCAGAUGGAAGGGCAGCAGGAAGGGCAGGGAGGGCUGGGAGGGGAGAGUGGUCAGGGAGGGCAAGGGGGACUGGGAGGAGUGCGAGGGGCGAGAGGGCAGGAAGGGGGAAAUGUGGGUAGAAAGGGACAGGACGGGCAGGAGGGAAAGGGAAGAUUGAAGGGAGGAGAGGAGCAGGAGGAUGUAGAGGCACAGUGUGGGGUGAAGGUUAAUGGAGUGCCACAACAAGCAAACGGCGGUGCUGGUACACCUGGCAUCCAGCGAUUGGCUGACUUCCACCGGGAAUGGCUGUGGGUGCUAACCGCACGGUCGGCUAUUGUGAUUCGCCGCACUCCAGCACUGUACCUGCUGCGCCUGCUGCUUAUCAUGAUAACGGGUCUGCUUAUAGCAUCACUCUUCUGGCAACCAGAGUUCAACACACGUGGAGUGCAUGAGCGCCUGGCUUUCAUUGCCUUCCUCACAUGCACGCUCUUCUUCUCCUCUGGGGAUGCAACUCCGCUCUUCAUUCAAGAGCGCAACAUAUUUGUGAGGGAGACGACGCACAAUGCGUACCGCCCGUCCACCUACCUGCUGGCCUCCACGCUCGUCUACCUGCCUCUGCACCUCCUCAUGUCCCUCGCCAUCACCCUCGAGGCCUGGUGGUGCCUCAGCCUCACAGGGGGAGCUGCUGGGCUGGCCUUCAUGGUGCUUGUGUGCUUCUGCUGCCUCUUCACUGGGAAUGCCAUUGCCACCUUCGUUAGUGCCACAGUCAACAAUGUCAUUCUCGCCUAUGCGGUGGUAAUCACUGUUCUGGCCAACUUUGCCCUCGUCUGCGGCUUCUAUAUAGAGCGAGCCAGCAUCCCUUCUUACUGGCUCUGGCUACACUACAUUUCUCCCCUCAAAUACGCUUAUGAGGCGCUUGCUCUUAACGAAUUUGACCGGGUGACCUCGCUCUGCUACCUUUCUGCACGUGAUAUCUACUCCUCUACACCGCUCUCAGUUCUGCUGGAUGAAAUCGAUAUGCAGAGGUCACUCGUUGCAUUGCGUCCUGCUCUGAUUGGCUCCCCGUUUUCUGAGGUGUCAACAUCCACCUGUCUUCAGACAGCAGCAGCAGCAGCCAUGGAUUGGUUCUCGGCGCAGGUGACGUCGCUCGGGCUGGGAGAGCUCCCGGACAUUGCGGGAGCCGUGAACAAGCUGAGCGAAACGGUUAUGAACAUUGAUACGUCGGGAUUCGACGGCGGGCUCGGUCUCGACUUCCUCCCUCCUGUAAUCGAAGACAAGCCAGCGGCGAGCUCGUCCUCUCAGACGACCAAGCCCAGAGCAACCACAGAUGGCGCUCGAACUGCUUCCGCUCCCUCCACAGCCACCGCUCGAGCUUCUGCUCCUGCUGCUCCUUCCGCCGCCUCUCCAGCAAAAGACAAGGCCCAUGAGGCGUCAGUAGGCUCCAACACACCUGAGAAAGCAGCUCCAAAGCCUGUAACGGGAACAGCUGAAGCGUCUCCAGCGAGAACGGCUUUUACAGCUGAAACUGCACCUCCACCACCAGCAGGGGGUUUGGCGAAGGGAAAGGAAGCAGAGGCGAAGGCGGCAGGGGGUGGAGGUGCGAAGCCGGAGGCCUUGGAUACCCCACCUGUGAUUGCAGCAGGAGACGCAGCAACAGCGCCAGCCGCAACACCAGGAGUUGAGUCUCCCUCCCAAAUAGCACCAGCAGCAGCGGUAGAAAACCAGGAGGGAUCAAGCGAUGCUGUGAAAGGAGCAAGCGACGCAAUGAAGGUAGAAGAGGAUGAGGAGGGAGGAGCAGGGUGGGCAAUAGAUGAGCCAGACUCUGAAUCAGCAGCUGCAACGGUUCCUGCGUCCGCUGCCUCCGAGCCUGUUGCUGCAGCUACGGCCGUUUCUGCCGAAACUGCUUCCGAGCCGGAGGUCGAGGAAGAGCCCAAACCUACACCAGGUUCGGCAGAUGGCAGAGCUGUUGCAGGGAUGGGAGGAGAUCAGGCAGAGGAAGGGGAGGGGUGGGCUGCAGUGAUUGAAGAGGAUGACGUUAUAACGAACGGGGGAGACGCAUCAUUUCCUGGUACAGAUGCUGGAUUGAAAGAUGGCUUUAAGAAGUCAGAGGAUGCUGCAGGAGAUGAGGCUGCUGGUGCUGGUGCUGGUGCUGGUGCUGGUGCUGCGGACAGUACUGCUGUUGAUGCUGGUGCUGGGGCAGGUACUGGGGCAGGUGAUGAUGGUUCAUCAGCUGCUGCAGCAGCAGCUAAUGCGUCGUCCACGCCUCUGCCGUUCAGCGGGUUCGAAGCAGCAUCAGAGGCCGUUUUCAGCAUAGACGACGGGGAAGGGGAGGGAGAGGAGGAUGGGGAGGGUACCCCUGCGCCAUCCCCCAUCAAACCCUCUGUGUCACCACCAGUCAGGUCGCCGAUCAAGUCACCAGUCAGAUCACCAUUCGGUGAUGCUUCUGCUUCUGCAUUCCCUGCGUCUCCCGCAGGAGCUGCCGCCACUGCCCCCCUCGUUCCUGUUGCUGCUAGCCCUCAAGCGGAUGGUACUCGGGCAGCUACGGAAAUCGAAGCAGCGGCAGGUGAAGAAGCAGCUGCAGAAAAGGGGCUUGCAGCUGAGAGCGGUUCUGAUGCCUCUCCAGCAGCGGUUUUUCCCAUUGCAGGGGGAAAAGAGGGCUCUGAAGCUGAUGCACAGGCGAGCGAAGAGGGAAGGAUGUCUUUGAAUCAGGAAUCAGGGGCAGAGGAGGAGAAAGUGGUAACGCAGAAUGACGAAGGAGAGGAGACAGACGGAUGGGAGGCAGAUGCAGGGGAGGGACAUGCAGGGAAGGCUGGGUCGGGGGAGGCAGGCUCAGGGGAGGCAGAUCCAGGGCAGGCAGAUGCAGGGGAGGGGGCGGAUCUGGCGACCUUGGAGAGCGCCCUGCAGCAUGCGGGCAAGCAGGCACAGACAAAGGCAGACGAAUUGGCCCGGGCGAUGACACUUAAUGACGAGCUUCGGGCUGAAUUAGAGGACUGGAAGGCAAAAAAGAACAAUGACGCGGAACUAGAAGCCCUACGGGAGGAGUACCAGCACCGACUGGGGGCAGCUGAAAGAAAGGUGUACGCUCUGACCAAGGAGCGGGACAUGUUGCGGCGGGAGCAGAGCCGCAAGGCUGACACGUCAACGCUUCUGAAGGAGAAGGAUGAGAUCAUUCGGCAGGUCAUGGCGGAAGGCGAGGAACUUUCCAAGAAACAGGCCGCACAGGAAGGGGCCAUGAAGAAGCUUCGCACUCAGCUCCGAGAGAUGGAGGAAGAGAGGACCCGGCUACAAAAUCGCCUUCAGGUGGAAGAAGCUCGGGUGGAGAGCAUCAAGAAAGACAAAGCAGCCACUGAAAAGGCCCUUCAGGACGCCGUAGAACGCGGGCAGGCUGAUCUCGCCGCCCAAAAAGAUUUCUACGUUUCUGCCCUUUCAGCUGCCCGGGAGGCGCAGGCUGCAGCAGAGGCGCGGGCGGACAGCGAAGCAAAGGCAGAGGCGGAGAGGAAGUUGAGGGAGGCGGGGGAGAGGGAGAGGGCGCUGGUGAUGACUGUGGAGGAGCUCCGGCAGGCUCUCACUCGCAGCGAGCAGCAGGCAGGGUUUCGGGAGCAGAUGCUUCGGCGGGACUUGGAGGAUAUGGAGAAGCGAUGCCAGGCGGCGGAGGCUCGGCAUGAGGAGCUGGUGGCUCGGAUACCGGAGUCGACCCGCCCGCUGCUGCGGCAGAUAGAGGCGAUGCAGGAGUCGGCCAACACGCGCAUGGAGGCGCUGUCAGGAGUGGAGAGGGCGCUGAAUGCCAGACUGCAGGAGGCAGAGGCGAAGGCGGCAGUGGCGGAGGAGAGGGAGCGAGUAACGAGCGAGCGGCUGAACCAAACGCUGUCCCGCCUGGCAGUCAUGGAAGCCCAGCUGUCCUGCCUGCGCGCCGAGCACUCCCAGCUCUCCCGCUCCCUCGACAAGGAGCGCCAGCGGGCCGCGGAGAAUAGGACGGAGUAUCUGAGUGCGCAGGAGGCGAAGGUGGCGGCGGAAGGGCGGGUGAAGGUGGUGGAGGAGGAGAUGAGGGAGGUGAAGGCGCGAUGGCGGAAGGAGGUGCAGGAGGAGCGACAGAGGAGGGAGCUUGUAGAGCAG